CGAGUAACCUCCCUUCGCAGGACUUGCUCGAAAAGGCAGUUGUUUGUCCAGCUGAAAUAUGAAGUAGUUUGAGACUAGUGGACGGCAAAGUCGCCAUCAUAUGAGAAUUUGGACUCGAGUUGUGAGAACUCCCACAUGAUGUCUUGCAGAAAAGUUGAUCUUGUUGUCAAACUUGGUGGGAGUGCAAUCACUAACAAAAAUGAACUAGAAGUUCUCAAAGAAGCGGAACUCAAUAAAGCGGCCAUACUGAUUGAAGAGUGUGUCCAGAAGAACAUGGUCUGCGUAGUUGUACACGGAGCUGGAUCCUUUGGCCACCAUCAGGCAAAGCAGUACAGCGUCAACUCCGGCUUUGCUCAUCUGGAGGCGGCAGAAGCACACGCUGCAAGGAUGGGCUUCUGUCAGACACACAAAUCUGUCGCCAAGUUGAAUACUCUUGUGGUCAAUAGCCUGAUACAACACAACGUUGCUGCUGUUCCCUGCUCGCCCUGCAGUUCAUGGGUGACAAGAAGUAAGAAAGUGAUCUCUAAUGGCCUAGAAACACUCAGUCAUCUGCUGGAUGCUGGGUUCGUCCCAGUAAUGCAUGGAGACUCCGUCCGUGACACCAACAUCGGCGGGUGCAUCCUCAGCGGGGAUACCAUCAUCAAGACUUUGUGUGAAGUGUUCACCGUCGACCAUGUUGUGUUCCUCACCGAUGUUGACGGCAUCUAUGACAGACCUCCAGACCAGACAGGUGCUGUGUUACUGCCUUGUAUUGGCGUAGGGAAAGAUGGAUCUCUGAAGACUGGUUCAUCAAUAUCUUCAUCUUCAUCUGACGCUGGUAGCAUGACUGCUGCUGAUGAAAGGGAUGGACAGACAAUAUCAACUUCUACUUCUCCAUAUGACGUUACGGGAGGCGUCAAGCUCAAGAUCGAGACAGCACGGGACAUUGUUGUAGCUUCAGAGGGGAGAACCAACGUUCAUGUGUGCAGGAUUGGUUCGGACUCGUCUCACAAGUUGUGCCUCGGGCAGGAUGGAGGAUCAUUCAUUGGAACAGAAAUAGUGCUCCAAAGAUGAUACUAGCUCUCAUACUUCAUGUCACAUCUAUUCAUGUCACAUCUAAAUAAGUCACAAUUUGAUGAUGUGGGCACUUGCCACGUGGAUGUUAUUACAGGGCACUGUCCAUCUGUUGAUCUGUUGUCGGUCUGUCUUGACUUUUUCACUAAUAUCAUUCCAUACAACUGACAGGCAGACAACCGACAGUUUGUAGGCACCAACAACAAUGGCAGACAAUGAACCAGGCCAUGACAUUGCCAUUUAACUUUCAAUCACAUGAGCUACAGGGCAGUGAGCCAGCUCAGUGGUUAAAGCCGAAGGCCGGGUUCAAUUCCCCACAUGGGUACAAUGUGUGAAGCCCAUUUCUGGUGUCCCCCGCCAUGAUAAUGCUGGAAUAUUCCUAAAACCCAACUCACUCACUCAU